GGAAAAAUGCGUCUGAUUACGUUUAACAUUUUGCUGGUGGCAUUUUGUGCCUGCUCAACUUUUUCGCCAGCGAGUUCCCUGCAAUGCUACAGUUGUGUUGGAGAGGAAUGCCAUGUGGAAGACGUUCCGACGGUCUCUUGCACUCUCGAUGGCUCUUCAGCAUUUGCGCUGGAGACAAGUGCCGCAUUGAAUCGGUUCAGGCGGAAUCUUCUCUCAGUGAUGCCACGAGCAGCGAAUGACGAUGUGGUAGCACUUGAUGAAACUACUGAUUCUCCUUCGGCCACUGAUUCUUCGACCGCUUCGUCCUCCGAUUCUACGAGUGAGGAUUCCUCAACUAAUUCUCCUACUGAGCCUUCUAGCACCACGGUUUCAUCAACCUCUUCUACAACCACGGUAGCGUCGACCUCUGAUUCUUCGACCGAUUCUUCCUCCGAUUCUACGAUUGAGGAUUCUUCAACCAAUUCUCCUACUGAGCCUUCUAGCACCACGGUUGCUUCAACCGCUUCUACAACCACGGAUGCUCCAACAUCCGAAUCUUCGUCCACCACCACGGAUGCUCCAAUCUCUUCUACAACCACGGAUGCUCCAACAUCUGAAUCUUCGACUACCCCCACGGUUGCUUCCACGGAUUCCUCCACCGUUUCGUCAUCCGAAUCUACGACGGAUUCUUCAACAACUGAUUCCACAACGGAUUCUUCAACAACUGAUUCCACAACGGAUUCUACAACAACAGAUUCCACAACGGAUUCUACAACAACAGACUCCACGACGGAUUCUACAACAACAGAUUCCACAACUACCGACUCGACCACCGAAACUACGCCUGAGGACACAGAUUCUUCAACCAGUUCUCCUUCAACAGAAUCGUCUUCUACAACCACGGGUUCUUCAACAUCUUCUUCGACCGAGUCUAGCUCAAGUUCUACUACCGAUUCUACAAGCGUAUCAACACCGUCUUCUCCUGUAUCUUACAAGCUUGCCGCCUGCUACAGUAUCUACAAAGACGGAGUUAUAAACCGUGGUUGUGUCCAGGUGCCCGAUGGUCAAAGUGGCUGCCAGGCAGUGAAGACCGAACUCCAGAUAGCCGAUACAGAAGACUCUGCCGAUCAGUGUGAUAUCUGCUUGACAGAUCGCUGCAAUGGGAGCAAUAGCUUGAAGCUCUCACUGGCCGCCAUGAUUCUCCUCCUGACGAUGGGUCUGAAAAACCUUCUCUAAGAGGUUGUGGCAGUUUAUUAUGUAUUAUGUAUAUAUUUGUUAGUAAUUUGUAUCCAUAUUUAAUUAAAAAUUAUUUGACAAUUGCCAAUUUCAAA